UAUUCAUCAGUUAGACACCAGCAUUGCUCACUCUUCCGUUCGCAUUUCGCAUUUCGCAUUUCCAUUUCAAUUUCAAUUCUCAUUUCAUUUGCAUUUCGCAGAGACACAUAACCUCCCCCACCUUUCACUCGGGACUUGUCCCUCACUCACCUCAAUGGCCGACCGAGUUCACCCGCACGACUCACCGUCGCCGACCGUCUCUCAAAUCGACUCCUCCGACGCCGCCGUCGCACCGAAGCCUAGUCUUCCGCCGGAUGGGAAACCCGUUCCGCCUCCGGGAACCUACGUCAUCAAGAUUCCGAAGGACCAGAUCUACCGUGUUCCUCCGCCGGAGAAUGCUCGCCGCUUCGCCAAAUACACCGACAAAAAAAGUAAACGGAGCUACGGCGGUGGCGGUCGUCGCCGCUGCAGCUUCUGCUGCUGCUUCUCCUGGUUCAUCGGAGUCCUCUUCAUCAUCGCCUUGCUCAUUGGAAUCGCCGCCGGCGUACUCUACUUAGUUUUCAAGCCGAAGUCUCCGCACUACUCCAUCGACCACAUCGGAAUCAAAGCAAUGAACCUCACCACGGCGGUGAUCUCGCCAGAGUUCAACAUUACCGUCAAGGCUGAUAACCCUAACGACAAGAUUGGAAUCCGUUACGAAACGGAUAGCUCGGCUGAAAUAUUCUUUAAAGGCGUGAAGCUCUGUGACGGAGCGUUGCCGGCGUUUUACCAGCCGCCAAAAAACAUCACGGUGUUUAUGACGCCGUUGAAGGGUAACGGUAUCAAGCUGAAGAGCGAGGAUGAGAAGGCGUUGGUGGAUGCGCAGACCAAACGGCAGGUGCCGUUGAACGUUAAGUUAGUUGCGCCGGUGAAGAUAAAAGUUGGUUCCGUUGAGUCGUGGAAGAUCACCGUUAAGAUUGACUGUGAUGUAACAGUAGACCAGCUAACGGUGCAGUCGAAGAUUCUUUCUAAAAAAUGUAAUUACAAGCUGGAUCUUUGGUUAUUUAAAAUGAUCACUGGGGUGUUUUGUUAUAGAGAUAGGAUGAAACAAUUUUAGGGGAUAUUGUUAUUCUGAUUCAUUCUUUUGUCUGUUUAAAAAUAAUUGUCAAUUUAAUUAUUAA